UACUAAUUCGUUAAGUUAAAAGCUAAAAAAUCAUUGAUUCUUUUAAGUGGCGUUAUUUUUUGAAUUGUUCGCGCGAAAAACUUUAGAACUAUAGAAACAACUAUACAUCUAAUCUGGAAAAAUCACUAAUUUCUUUUGAUCCAAUAAAGAAUAUGCUAAUUUUAUCUUAAUUUUAAAUAACUACAUAGGCAACGUGGAUGCAUAAGUACUUUGGUCAAUUUUGACGUAAGGGUAUUAAAUAAUGUUUAAAUUUCCGAAAUUGCUGUAAUGUUUUAGUAUUCAAAAUACCGGUCUGGAAGUUUUCAAAAUAUUGGGAAGAGUAUACGUGUGGUUUAUUGUGAUUAAUACUUUGUUGUUAAUCAUAUGCAGGGAAUAUUAAUACAUCCGGCAUGACAGUCACUUUUAUAGAACUUUAUAAAUAAAACUUGUUUUAGGUUAUGUAGAGAAAGUAAUUUAUUAGUGUGAAUAUUAAAACAUAUUGAAUUAAAUAAAUUCUUUCAAUAUAUAAAAAUGGGCUUGCUAUUAGGAAAAUUAGGGAAAAAGAAGUCAGCUAUAGAGGAACUGGAAGGUAUUGAUAAGGAAAUUAAACAUUUAGAAGAAUCACGAAAAGAUACGGAAUUAACGAGAAGAAGAAUUGUUGGUCGCUUUGUAUUAGUUUCAGUGAUAGUGUAUAUAUUGGUGGCAUUUAUAUUUUAUUUUUUCUUCUUUCCGGCUUCAUUUUAUGACCGCCUCUACUACAUUAUGCCCCUAAUUGUUGCUCCUGUAAUAAUUAUUGUUUUAAAAAGAACAAUGGCUUGGUAUUUCAAUAAAAAAAUUACAAAAGCCCAGACAAAAUUAUCAAAAUUGCAAGAAGAGAAGAAGAGACUUAUUGACAAAGUUAUGGAGACUGAAACUUACAAAGUAGCAAAACAAAUCUUAGAUAAAUAUGCACCAGACCAAAAUAAAAAGCCACCUAUUGCCACUUCACUUACACCGUACACACCAUCUGCAGGACUUCGUCAAAGAAAUCUUCCAAAAGAUGCUACACCAGCUGUCACUCCAGGAAAACCUUUGCAACCGUUUAAACAAACGGCUUCAAGAGGUUCUGCUCCUUCAAUUUUCAGCACCCCUGUCAUACGACCCAACAUUUCUAGAACUUCGGUGCCUACACUGCCAAAUCUCAAUCCAAAACAAGGGCCCCCUUUUGCUGUGCCACCUCCUCAAACUCCGUCCAAUGUUUUAGCUACCAUUCCUCCCACACCAACGGCACCAACACCUAAAAGCAUUUUACCCAGAGAUAGAUCGGUUUUUGACAAAAUGGUCGAUUACCUAGUGGGUGAUGGACCUUCUAAUCGUUAUGCUCUUAUUUGUCAGCACUGCUACAGCCACAAUGGAAUGGCACUUAAAGAAGAGGCCAAAUACACAUCUUUUCGUUGUUGUUAUUGCUACGCUUUUAAUCCCGCUCUUGUGAAAAAACCUCAAGCCCCCAAAUUAGAAUAUGGUAGGUCAUCUCCUAUUACUUUGAGACGCCAUUCAACAUCCGAGUCGGAUAAAAACGAAUCGAGCGAAACCGAAGAUGAAGAAAUAAAAAAAGCAAUAAAAUCAAGCUCUCAUAACCAAGGCACUGAAUCCUCGGAAGGGGACGCGGGAAAAGAUUUCGGGAAUUUUUCUGAAAUAGAAAGGAAAUUUUCCGAAAUUGAGUCAACUAUAGCGGAAAUAAAAAAGGCAGAGGUCGAAUCUACAGACGAGGAGAUUCUAAAUGAAACUAAUAGAAAGGAGUCGAAUUUACCUGAGAAUGAGCUCGCUUCUUUUGAAUUUGUCAGUAUUACUAAUACAAAUGAAGAAAGUCAGUCAUUAAUGAACUCAGAAGAUAACAAGGAAUCCCCGGAUGAAAAUAAGACAGAAAUGAGAAUCGAAAAUAGUGAAAACAUAAAACAGGAACAUGACAAUGCAAACCAAAAAUACGAGGAGGCUAGUACAUCUCUUUGUCCUACUAAUGAAGACUGAUCUAAAGAUUAGCAGUUAACUUUUCACGCCGUUUCCAUUACAAAUAUCGAUUAUAUAUUUUCUUAAUUUAUUUUUGUUUUUAUUUUAGUUAUGUCUUGCUGUACAAGACGUACAGGAUGGCCAAUAUAUAUUUGGAGUUUAUGUUGCUAAGAACAUUACUAAAACCAAGUAACGGCACAUUUUUUAGUUUAAAUUUGAAGAUAGAUGAGUAUGAAAAUAUUUCAUUUUCUUUUGGAUUCUAUAAAUUAAAAAGAAAAGCAAUAAAUUAUUUUUUAUUUAUGUAAUUAUUGUAUUUGUACUAUUGAUCUACUUUUACAUAUUGAAGUCAAUUUUGUCAAAGAGUUGUUAUAAAACUAAUAUUGAAUCAAUUUUAAGUUAAAAACUGCCAGUGUUUUGAAAUGUCAUCUGUGUUGCGCCACCCUGUACAAUAUUAAUUGCAAAUUGGUAUAUUAUUUGUUAUUCCUUUUUUUUUUUCAAACCAAUGCUGUUCCUUUUGAAUGUAAAAUUACAUCAUUUCAUAAAGAAGUGCCAAAAAGUCUGGUCAACAUAUGUAAAUAUUCGUUAAAUAAUUUUAGAAAUGUCACUAAGCGAUGACGAUAUUUGAUAAAAAUUGACUAUUGUACGAGACACUGUCUUCCUGAAAAGAAACUGUAAAAAUACAAAAUAUACACUAUUACUAGAUAAUGAAUACUGACUCGUAAAAACUAUUGCUUUUCAGUUAUUUAUUUUUUUUGCGCAAUUUCUGAUUGUUAAUUAUUUAUUUUCCAUCACAUUACUAAUCCAAAAAAAUAUUUCUUACAUUUAUAUUCUUUAUACUCACAACACGUACAAUAAUGCUAAUUGUACAACAAUACAAUGGCACUAUGUUUAUACCAGUUUCCUUAGAUUUUAUUAUAUUGUUGUUUAUUCGCAUUUAUAUAUAAAGGAAACUACUAAAUGGAGUGACCUGUAGGACUUAAGUAGCUUAUAGUAGAUUGAAUUAUACUUUAACCUGAAUAUUGUGCACUUAAUAGUGAGGACAUGGGCUAAUUGUUCGAGCUCCUUAAAUACAUAGCAUAUGACUAGGAUCCUUUACUGUUUUGAACAUUACCUACACAAAACAUAUGCCAGGUCAAUCUUAGUAGUUUCCUUUUGAGUAAUUUUUGAAAUAAUAAUUAUGGAAAGAUUCAACAUUGAAUACACACAUAGUGAAGUAGUAAAGACAAUGAAACAAUAAAUAAUAUACAGUUAUAUCAGUCAGACCUAAACAAUACUUAUAUUAGUUUGAAAACUUUUGUGUUAUUUGCCCCUGUGGAUAUUUAAUUAUUGUAGUGAGCACCUACUCUGUUAACGUACUGGUAAGAGAAGUGCUUUUUUUAACGUACUAAAAAUGUAAUGUGAAUGAAUCUUAUAGUGGAUUAAUAUUGCAUAAAAAAAAACGUUGUACAUAUAAAAUAAUUGUACACAAUAGUCAAAGGCUUGAAGUAUUAAUAGCGAAAUUUUUCAGAUUGGUAAAAACAGUUUGUAAAACAAUAAAUAAAUAAUUAUUGGCUAUGGAUUUUAUGAAAAGUUAAUUAUAUAUAUGUAUAUAUUAUGUAUACAGGGUGGCCACAAAACAUGAUUGAGGGAACUUGAAAAAAUAAUAGUGCCUUUGUAAAUGAGAACAUAUUUAUCAAAAUUUGGAUGCUGCAUGAGAAAAGACUGUAUAUGUAUAAGUUGAACUGAUUAUUUUAUUAUUUAUUGUUUUUCUGUGAUGAAAACGAAAUUCACAUGUGAUCACCCUGUGUACCAUUGGAAGAACUGCAUAAUUUAUUAAUUACAUUUAUUAAAUACACAAUUGAUUAUAUACUGGUAUCUACCAAUGACCAAAAUGUUCUCUAAUUGGUUUGUUGAAUACAUUUGCAUAUGUUAAUUUAAGAAAAAGUGUCUCUGUUGUGUAUAAGUAUGGCAAACGAAGCCCUCUUAUAGUUCAACAUAGUAUAUUAAUAGUGCUAAUUAUAGUGUUUAAAGAUUACUUUCAUGUGUGGAAGUAUAUCGAUUUCAAUCAGGAUCGAAGGAGGUGCCUUUCUCUGUUUUUAUACCAUCUUGCUGUUAAUAAAUGCUUUAAAUAAG